AUGUUUUCACGAAAGGAGCGCAACCAGACAGCUCCGUCGCCGCUGGACCUAUCCUCUUUACAGUCCUACUCACCACAAUGGUCGCCGCACCUUCGAUUGGCUACCUGCAUCUCGAUCAAGUAUGCUGUUCGGCGUCACGUAGAGCGUGCAGCCCAUCUGGAUGGUAGCGCAAGCUCGACAAGCUCAACUUCGGUUCCCGGCUCUGCGGCCUACUCUGCCUCGCAGGAAUGGUCCGACUACGGCGAAAAAUUUCUGACUGCAACUUGUCAACAUCUUGGUGUCCCCCAGAACUCUUUGCCGCCAGAUCCGAUCAGCCUGGAUGAUGUUCUAUCAGCUGCACAGGGCCGCUUGGAACAAACCAAUGCGCAUGAUCCCAUCUGUUCGAACGAGCCAAGCUUCGAAUCGGGCUCAGACCAUAUUCGCCGCUUUCCCAAUCUCGAUCUUCCCAUCAAAGGCAUCGACGACUCCAGAAAGACGGACAACGCUGGACAAGGUCCUGAGGAGAAACCACGGAAGGACGAGCUUGCCGAGCCCUCAGCAGCCCUGGAGGGUCUACAUCUGAGCGAAUCCGCAACUCCGUAUUCGCCCGACUCGGAUCACGGCUCCGAGGGCUUUGCGUACGACCAGGACGCACAGGAGCUGCCGGACUUCUUCCGUAAUCAAACGGAUGCCUCGGUAUCGUCGCAAAUGAACAGCGCAGAUCUCCGCCGUCGGCAACGGGCACGGACCUUGUCACAGGGGACACUGACCUCCGCACCGCCAAAGCGCUUGCAGGGCGCUCUCGAUUCCGGAUCUGGUCAAGAGAUCGAAGUCGCUCACGAGCUGCUUCUGAUCGCUCUCGGGCUCGGCCAGUUCCGGGCUCAAGAUGGAUCCUCUACCCUGUUCGAGCAAGAUUUUCUCUUCGGAGAGACGCACCUCGACCUGCCGCAAUCGGACAAACCUAGCACUGCGGAGCAGCAAGAGCCAGGAGCACCAACAACAUCAGUUCAGCCGCAACAACAGGGUGCGGAGAAAUCAUCAGCAGUAAAGACCUCCUCUACUGUUGGCCAAGGGAGUACAGCAGACGAAGCGAUGAAGACCAUGUCCGAGACAGGACGCAUGAUCGGCGACGCAUCCAAGAGCGCCUUCACCUCGCUCAAAGCAGGGACCUUGUCUGGUUGGAGCAAGCUUUCUUCUGCCAGUAAAGACUUGGUCAACUCUCCAUCACAAAGCUCGUCCAAUCCAGCUGCGAUCAAGCAAACGAGCAAAGAAGCGAGGCAGCCGGUCAAGCCCAACGAGGUGUGCCACUACGACGCUCGGGCGCGGUCGCUGAUCUUCGUCGCCGUCACCGCAAUGGGCAUCUCAGGUCAACAGGUGUGGAUGGCCGAGAAAGUAGUAGCACAGACCAUCUUUUUUAUUAUGAGCGAAGGCGACAAGGCAUCAGCGUCCAAGAAUGGCAAGGGAAUCGUGGCGCAGCUUCCUGCUGGAGCAUCGCUCGAUGCGCGUACCGGAUCCAUCACGCAGGCAUCUCAGCGCUCAGAGUACAUGAACCAGCACUCUGGAUCGGUCGUACAGAGGGAGCGCGAAAAGGUGACGUGGGGCAAGUGGGCGGCCAUGGGAGGUGGCUUCAUCGCAGGGGGGCUGGUGAUUGGUUUGACAGGUGGUCUGGCGGCUCCACUGAUUGCGCCCGCGCUCGUCGGUCUCACGGGUGUCUCGUUUCUUGCCACCUCGGGGGGCAUCAUCAUGCUCGGCACGCUGUUCGGCCUGGGGGGUGGCGGCCUAGCUGGCUAUCGUGUCGAACGACGUCUUCGAGGAGUAUCGUCCUUCGCCUUUGCCGAGCUGGACACCGAAGCACGCAAAGCAGGCGUGGCCAUUCCGAGCUUGCAUGCGACCAUCUGCUGCAGCGGACUCAUCCUCGAGACUUCACAGCAGGUUGCACCGUGGACGCGCAUCUUUGAGGGAGCCAAGGACAACCGCGAUGCUUUUGCCAUCGAAUGCGAGGCCGACAUGAUGAAGGAAGCGGGUCAAGGCUUGCGCUCGUACAUGCUCGACAAUCUGAUCCGAACCGGUGGCACCAAAGCAGCCGAAGAGGUGGUCAAGAAGACGGCGUUGGCCGGGAUCGCUGCGAUCACGCUCCCGAUGAGCGUGUUCAACGCUGCAUCCGCUACGCUCGACGGCGUCUUUGUGCGCGCCAAGACCAAGGCGCACAAAGCUGGGCUGAUCCUUGCAGAAACGCUGCGGAACGAAGUUCAGGGCCAUCGCCCGGUUGUCUUGAUCGGUACCUCUCUGGGCGCGGCUACCAUCCUCACUGCGCUCACGGAGCUCGCCAAAGAUCCCGAAAACACCUCACAUCUGGUCGACUCGGUGUUCCUCAUCUCGGCUCCCAUCACACCGUCCAACUCAACGCUGCGCAAGGCGAGGACAGUGGUGCAGCGACGCUUCGUCAAUGUGUUCUCGUCCAAGGACAUGGUCUGCGGCAUUGCUGCCUGGCUGGGAUCGGGUGUUUCGGUGGAAGAAUUGAGAGCGGGCAAGCUACCGCGCGUAGCAGGCAGCCGUGCAAUCGACGAUGUGCCGGGACUGGAGAAUAUCAAUGUCUCGGAUAUCAUCUCGAGCCAUUUCGAGGUGAACGACGACGCCAAGCUGGCUGCCAUCUUGACUCGGUGUGGUGCGCUGGAGCAUUGA